ACUCUACGCGCUUCUCCUCCAGACCACUCAAAGCACUAGCGUGCCGAUCAAUUUACCAAUUUAUUAGACGCUAAAAGUACGUUUUUGAAUCUUUUUUUGCGCGGAAUAUCAUUCCAGCGAUUCGCUAUUAAGAUUCAACGAGUGAACGCAAGAUGCCUAAUCUCUGCUCGGCGCAGAACUGCUUCAGGAACAGCACGACCUCGGUGCUGGCGUUCUUCAGGUUUCCACGGGACCCGGAGAGAUGUAAGAAAUGGGUGGAAAACUGCAAUCGGUUCGACCUUAAAGACAAAUCACCUGAACAUCUAAACAGAUACCACAGACUAUGUGCCAGGCACUUUGAACCAAACCUACUAUUCAAACCUAGCCCUUUCAGGACGGUAUUGAAGAAUAAUGCAAUACCAACUAUAUUUGACGAUCCUUGCCGCAAACGGUCGAAUAAGAAAACAGAAAAUAAUGAAGCCCCUGGAGCAAAGAAGAGUAAAACGGAGUCCCAAGCUGAGGAAGCCAAAGAUAAUUAUGAGACAACGACCCAAGAGAUCAAUGAAAGCAACAAUGGUGAUGGGGCUGACAGUGGCCCCCAGACUUAUGAUGAAGAAAUGCUGAACAAAGAGUCUCUCAAGUCUCUGUUUGAUAUUGUUGUGAUGAUGGGCACGCAGAACAUCCCUCUGCAUGGGCACUCUGAAAAAGAGCCCAAAAGCUUCACUCCCAGCAACUUCCAGGCACUGUUGGAGUACCGCAUCAAUGCAGGCGAUGAAUUUCUCAGGAGGAAGUUUGAGAUGUCAGCCGUAAACGUGGAGUACUGCUCCUCUACUCAGUUACAGCAGAUACUGGAAGUGAGUGAAAAAUGCAUCCAUCAAGAGCUAUUAACUGAAAUUAAAGAGGGUCGAUUCUUCUCAUUGAUUUUUGACAACCUGGCUGAGAUCGUCGGAGACAGCCAUCUCCCAUUGUUUGCACGCUUUGUGGACAAGAGCAACUGCCUUCAGGAAGCAUUUAUUGGGUUCUUGCUUUUUGAAGGUGAUGUGGAGGCCAUAACCGAGAGGCUUAUUGCUGAAGUGACAGAGAAAUGUGGCCUGGACAUGCAGUAUUGCAGAGGGCUGGCAUAUUUGUGCUCUGGUGUGUCAGCUAUGAAGGUCAAGGCAGUGGCGGCCAGAAUAUCUGAGUUACACCCGCUAGCGGUCCUCACCCCCUGCUCCAAUGGCUCUCUAAACAUCUGCCUGGCAAACAGUAUGAACUUCACUGGAGUGCAUCUUGUCAUGUCUACACUGAAAAAGUUGGAUGCAUUUUUCAGUAAAUCGCCCUUAUUGCAGAAUCAAUUGGAAAAUGCCAUUUUGAUCUACUACCAAGGAAAUGAUGAGAAAACCAACAUUCUCAAGGAGGCAUGUUACUCCAAAUGGACAGAGCAGCAUGAUACAUUUGAAGUGGCUGUUGACCUCCUGGAGUCUCUUCUGCUCUGUAUGGAUAGUGUCCAUGACAAUGAAGAUCACAAAUGGAGCAAUAAAGUGGCACACAAUGCCUUUGUCAUAUCAGAGGCACUGGCUGAUUUUGAAUUUGUUAUGACAUUAGUUGUGUUGAAAAACACCCUGUCCUUCACCAGAGCCUUUGGCAAGAAUCUUCAAGGGCAAACGAAUGAGGUCUUCUUUGCAUCUAGCAGUCUAACUGCAGUUCUGCAUUCACUAAAUGAAGUGUUUGAGAAUCUUGAGGUAUACCAUGAGUUCUGGUUCGAAGAGGCUGUCAACCUGGCUGCAGCCCUUGAAAUACCAGUAAAAAUACCCAGGCUGUACUUCAGAAAACGACCAGCUUCUGGUGAGGAAAUCCAACCCGAUACCUACUUCAAAGAACACGUCACCAUUCCCGUAGUCACCCAUGUCAUCAAGGAGCUGUCUGACCUUUUUUCUGAAAAUCAUCUGAAGGCCUUGAAGUCCUUAUCACUGGUCCCUGCCAUCAUGGGGCAGCUGAAGUUCAACACAGCAGAGGAGACCACUGCAGACAUUUACAAAAAUGACCUGCCAAACCCAGACAACUUUCCUGCAGAGUUGCACUGCUGGAAGAUUAAAUGGAAACAUGGCACUAAAGAUGUUGUACUGCCAUCUACCAUCUAUGAGACACUUCAGCUGUCCGAUGUGAAGUUCUUUCCCAACGUGUGUGCUCUACUGAAAGUCCUGUACAACCUGCCAGUUUUUGCUUUGACAAAUGGCCAAUACAGCACUGCAAAGCAGCGGCUGAAAGUGUACCUUGAAGAUACACCUGUGCAUCACAGAAAUAAGAGUCUGGCCCUGGUUAAUAUUAACUGCGGCAUUCGGCAUGAUUUGGACAUCAUGGUGGAGACAUACCUGAAAAUGUAUCCAGAUAGUGAGCCAACUGAGAAACAUGACUGAUUGCAUGGAUCAAUACAGGCUAAUAUACACCGAUCAGACACAACAUUAAAACCACAUGCCUAAUAUUGCGUAGGUCCCCGUCAUGCCGCCAAAACAGUGCCAACCCGCGCUAUUCUCACCACAAUUGUACAGAUUGGUUGUCUGAGUUACUGUAGACUUUGUCAGUUCAAACCAGUCUAGCCAUUCUCUGUUGACCUCUCUCAUUUACAAGGCGUUUCCAUCUGCAGAACUGCAGAUUACUGGAUGUUUUUUGUUUUUGGCACCAUUUGGAGUAAAUUCUACAGAAUGUUGUGUGUGUGAAAAUCUGAGGAGAUCAGCAGUUACAGAAAUACUCAAACCAGCCCGUCUGGCACCAACAAUAAUCCAUGCGAUUAUCUAAUCAGCCAAUCGUGUGGCAGCAGUGCAGUGCAUAAAAUCAUGCAGAUAUGGGUCAGGAGCUUCAGUUAAUGUUAACAUCAACCAUCAGAAUGGGGAGAAAAUGUGAUCUCAGUGAUUUGGACUGUGGCAUGAUUGUUGGUGCCAGAUGGGCUGGUUUGAGUUUCUGUAACUGCUGAUCUCCUGGGAUUUUCACACACAAUAGUCUCUAGAAUUUACUCAGAAUAGUGCCAAAAAAGAAACAUCCUGUGAGCGGCA